AUGGGUCUGGGGGAAGAGUUCCUCGCUAGAAUCACCUUGAUCAACGUGGUUCUGGGUCUUGUGGCGUAUGUGUUGCUCCGAUUCGCCUACCAGAUUGUCUAUUAUCACUUUUUUCACCCGUUGUCUGUCUUCCCCGGGCCCUUCUGGGCAGGAGUGACCAGACUUUGGAUCGCAUGGCACAAUCUCCGCGAGACUGAAUUGCCUACCGUGUAUGCUCUCACAAAGAAAUAUGGCCCUGUAGUGCGAAUAACUCCCACGCUCCUCCUCGUCAGCGACCCGACCAAGCUGCCGGGCAUCUACCAUCGCAAUGCCGACAAGACGGGACACUACAUUACUGGGACCUUUGGCGAGACUGAAUCGCUGUUCAACAUGCGAUCGCAUAAGACACACGCGGCUUUUCGGAAGCACGUUGCGGGACCGUACAGCUUUACCAACGUAAAGAAGAUGGAGCCCUUGGUCGACAUCCGCGUUCAAGCUUGGAUCAACAAGCUCGACCAAACAUUCGCACAAACGGGGGAGACCUUUGAUUUCUCAUGGUGGGCUGUCUACAUGGCGUACGACAUAAUCAGCGAGAUCGGCUUCGGCGCCCCCUUCGGCUUCGUCGAGCAGGCCCAGGACGUAGGCGGACUCAUUCAGGGGUUCCACGAUGGUCUGCCGGCAUUCGGUCUCCUGGCUCGUCUGCACCCUUUCACCAGCUGGAUGAAGACCACGUUCAUGAAGAAGUACCUCGUUGCCACUCCCCAGGACGAUUCAGGCAUCGGCGUUCUCAUGCGCUUCCGCGAUCGCCUGAUCGAUCAACGGUUCCGCGAGCUCGAAGAGAAGAAGGACAUCGGUCGCAUCGACCUCCUGCAGAGCUUCAUCGAAGCGCGCACCGAGGAUGGGUCCCCUUUCGACAUUGAAUAUCUCAAAGCCGAGGUGCUGCUGGUCCUGCUUGCGGGGGCCGAUACGACCGGCACCGUCUUCCAGGCCAUGAUGCACUUCCUGCUCACCCAUCCCGGCGCCUACCGUCGUAUGAUGGAGGAAAUCGACGCGGCAACGGCCCAGGGACUCCUCUCCGACCCUGUCCCGCAGUACAACGAAAUCGUUGACCACCUCCCCUACUAUGUGGCGUGUGUUCGCGAGACGCUGCGGCUCAACCCCCCUGCCCCAAACAUAUUCCCCCGGUAUGUCUCGGAGCCUGGUCUGGACCUUUAUGGGAAGUUUGCGCCAGCGGGGACGGAGGUCUCAGGCAACCCGUGGAUUAUGCAGCGAGACAAGAGGAUGUACGGGGAGGAUGCGGAGGAGUUCAAGCCGGAGCGCUGGCUCGACGCUGAAAAGGCCAGGGUGUACAACAAGUAUAGCUUCACAUUUGGCUACGGGGCCCGAGUGUGUCUGGGUAGGGAUAUUGCUAUGAUGGAGCUGUACAAAGGACCAUUGCAGUUUUUCCGCCGAUUCAAUGUCAAGACCGUGAGCGACAAACCAGAGGCUCGAUUCGUGAUCAAAGGAGGAGUUGGUUUCUAUCGCGAUCUAUGGCUGACAAUUGAUCGUCGUCUGCCAGAAAAGGCAACAUGA